AUGUCUAUCGUGAUGAACGCCACGCUCAAAAUCGAGGAACAGGAUAUAUCAUCAACCUCCCCCGAUGCGAACCUGCCACUUUCUCUUGAUCACAGCUACACGAACAUCACCCAGCUUCAAGAUCAAAUAGACUCGGAUACUCAGUACACAGUCGAGGACAUCCUUGUCGCCUUCGCGCCGUCAUCACGCUCAAUCCAACAACUAAUCGAGUCCCUGGAGACGCACAGGGUCAACACCCUCACCGAGCUCUGCCGCAUCGAACGCGUGGCGGCUACUUGUGAGAACGAAGAGGAUGCCCUGGCAUUUCAGGGCCCCAUGACUGCCGCUUGGGAUUACUACGUCAACAGCAACCAGUUUCUCACGGAGCUGCGGGGCCUGACGCGGAGCUACCCUCUCUGUAGCGACAUCCUCUACGACGCGCACGUCCGCGUGCGCAACGAUCCCAACUCGAAUAAGAGCUGGAAUUUGGCGUGGUUGUGCCUCGUUAAGAUUCAGGAAGAUGACCUUGUAUCUGGGUAUGCGGCCCUGGAGGCUGCGAAACCCGAGAUGUGGGGAGGCCGCGAGCCCUCCGCCGACGAGGCGGCCCAGCUCGGCGCCUGUUUCGAGUAUGAAUGGAAUAAGGCCGUUGACACGAUGCUUCGGCACUGGUCCGUUCCCCCGACUUGGUUUUGA